AUUGGAAGCAGAGUAUGUAUACCCCAGCAUCUAUCCCUAUAACGAUCCACGGAUCCACCGAACCGUGCAACACGGGUUCGGUGGCAUGGUCUCCGUCUUCACCUCGGAAGGUCUGUGGAUCCGUAGGGCCGUAGGGCUAGUUCAUCCACACGCAGCUGGAAGAAAGGCCCAAGGAAGGCCCUCCAUCGCCCCGCGACAGACUGGGGGACCUCUCAGGUGCAUCAUGGACCAGCAGUUAUUCAGCACUGGAUCAAAAGCAAUUCGACUGACCAGAGAUUUGAGCAUGGUCCGGUUGUCGGUACUUUCUUGAUUCACCUCCGGAUUCCUUGUUUCAGGCUGAUGCUUGUGCUGGGAUCUGGGGUAGAGAAGUUCACCACUCACCCGCGCCGCUGUUUCACGAAAGGCCGUGCGGCGAGCCGGGCGGUGCCCAACUCAGUGACCCUUCCAAGCAUUUGAAAGCCAUUUGGCUCGCUUUCGCAGUUUGUCGAAUCCAUUGACAUCCAUUGACAUCUCGCGUCGGGCCGCCGCGCCACGCGGCCGCAGCAUGGCACGUGUUCUGCUGGUGCUGCUGGUUUUGGCGCACGGUCGACGACAUGAGCGCCUUCCUGGCUCGGGUGGUUUGGUCGCUUGGGUGGUGAAGAUGAAGAUGUUCGCCAUUCCAAACAAACAAUUGAAGCAUGGAUAGAUAGCUGGGACGACCUACCACGUGAUUUGACACCCAAGUCUUGGCAGAAGGCGAUCAAGAACUUCCCAGGGAUGAAGGGCAUGGACCAGGGCAAGGUGAACUACACCUCGGCGGCUGAGGGUUUGGUGUCCCUGGCAGACAACGUGACAAAGAUCACCGGCAAGAUCCACGGCACGAGGAAGCAGGAGCGCAUCAUCCAGGGUGUGGGGCGCUGCGUCCAGGGCGCUACGGGGCUGCUGAUGCAGAUCUCCCCUGCGCUGGGCCCCGCCAGCCCCUUUGUCUAUGGCAUCAGCUUAGCUUUCAACGUGGCAGCCGGCGUGAUGAUGAGCAUUACGGCGAGUCCGGGCAAUAGCAGUGCCAGUCAAAGCGUCAGCCAAGCGAGUGGCUUCCAAUAUGAUUUGAGCGGUUUAGAGACGAAGAUCAAGCAGAACUUCCAGCAGAUGGGCUGGGAAUUCCAGCUCACUCUCUUGAGUCUGAAGAAGGUCGAAGAUGAGAUGGAGGACAUGGUGAGGCACCUGACGCAUCAGCUUCAGGAGAUCUCCGUGGAACUCGAAAGCCUUCACAAGCAGCUGGUGUCCAUGCAAGUGGAGCCCAGUCUUUCCACUAUGAACAUCGUGAUGACCAUGCACCAGGACUAUCUGAGAGCUUUGACAGGCGAAGAGGACAUGGUGGCGGUCCUGGAGCCUUACAUCCCGCAGCUCAUCGAACAUGAGCUGACCCUUCGCGCCAGCCUCGUGAGCACUCUGGAGCGUCUCGUGGACUGUGGCGCCUGCGGCGGCGCGGCCGCCGGCAGUUUGUGGUUCGCCCGGUUUCUGCAAGCGCGCUACCAGGUGUGGACCAUGCUGUGGCACUACCGGCAAGUGACCAACAACCUGGAUCAGGUGCAGGUGAUGAUCGACCACCUACGUAAAGACCAAGAGCUGCUCUGGCCGCAGUUGUUGCAGCGCCUGGGCUUAGCCGCGUGGAUGCGCCUCAGUGGAAGCCAAUUGGCCAAGUACUUCAUCUCUUCAGCAUCCUACAUGCAGGUAGAACAGAUCAUCGACGACCUCGGCUCCACCUCUUGGCCCCAGCGCCUCUCCGCUGCCCAACACCUCGCGGAGCGCAUCGAAGCCUCCGGCAGCGGUGGCAGCGGUGCCGCGGCCGCGGUGCCGGCGCUGCGCGGGUUGCUGGCGCCGCCGGAGAGUGCUUGGAAGUCCCAGAACCACGCGAGGAACGACUUCUUCGGAGUGAAUGAGCAGCAGUCUGCCUGCCGACAAGCUGCCGAAGUCUUGGAGCAGCUGGGCUACCCCGCCGCCUGGGCCGCGACGGUGGACCUGGAACGUUUGAAGCAUCGCACCUGGUCGAAGACCCGCUCCGAUGCCUCCACAUUGACGCUGCUCUCGCCCUGCGCCAAGGCCAGUAGGAAGACACUACAGACGUUGAAGCAACAGGAGCAGCAGACCAGGCUUUGACCUCGUUUUUCGUGUGGAAGGCAGUCUGAGGUGGCAGGAGUCAUCAAUCGGAGCUUUGUGGUGUCAAUUCUCACCAAGAUCAGAUCGCAGUUCAGUCUGUGCCGGCCGUGGUGGCCGUUGCUGGCGUCGCGUCAACACGUUUUGGUGC